ACACCGCAUUCGUUUGCGCUGUGUACGGAGUAUUUUCAGCCUUCUUUUCGCAUACAGCAACUUUUUUUUUUUUGCUUUGUUGUAUCGUUGCAGCGGUGUUACCACUAUGAACGAGAAGUGGGAUGGCCCGCUCUUAGUUCCGGCUGUGCGAAGCUCGGAGAUGACGGCACGGUGGCGGUGACCUCUGUGGACGGCAAAGCUGUUCUCCGCGUGUCAGCUUCGGGACAGGAAUUCUGGGUGGAGUUUCUCUGCAAGGCCAGCCAGAAGUCAUCCAGGCCUGCCAGCCUGGAGCCAAAAACCGAGUUUGCUGGUGGCCCUGGAAAUGCCAAGGAGCGCUCUAGAGACGAGAACCCAAAGGUCACGCACAGUGAAGUGGAAUCGGCAGAGAUCCAAGAAGAUAAUGGAGAUAGACACCCCAUCGCCAGGAGCUUGAGAGUUGUCUCCAGUCAAAGUGGCACAAGUCAUAGAUUCUCUGAGCCAGCUCCCAAACAGGCCUACCUUUGCACCUGGGUGUUUCAGCACCAUUCACUGUCAUCCUAUCCGUCUCUAUGGCACCAUCCACUGUCUCUAGCAGUUGCUUUUAGGAACUCCCUAAGGGAGAAUAAUACUGACGCUGUGGGAGACAAAGAUGUGAAGACUAUGGGGCAGACCUGUGAGCCCCGGGGUCCAGAUGUAAUGAAGGAAGAGGCGAGCUGCUUGCCUGAGUCUCUGCCGCUGAGCUGUCCCUUGCCACACCAGCACAGGUGGAACUUUAAGGAGAGUUUCUCCCAGGGUGACCAGGAGAUGGAGCAGCCCCUUCGAACUGAGCUUGUCAGUGUUGUUUGGUGCCAAGGGGUGGUUUAUCGGCUAAUCCGCAGCACAGUCUGCACCAUAGAAGCUUACCCCGGUGAUGGCUCAGUCAUCAGAUCGAAAGGAGCGGUUGCAAACUACUUUACCCAUCACUUCGCCAAGGACGUUUCAUGCCAGACUGAUGAGAAGAUGUAUUUCCUGAACAGUCUACCCCCUGAUGUUCCCGGUCAGAGAUACUCGGUUUCUUCGGUGGUCACAAGGGCCAGCAGAAUCCUUCAGUGCUAUAAUCAAUGCAGACUCUCGCUGAAACUCCCUAACACUUUCUGCUGCUGGAAGGAGGAAAGCAGCGUGUCAGCUCUGCAGAACCCUGCAGUACUGAUAGAGGAAGCUUAUAUUCCAAACACAGGCCGUUUCAGCGCUUAUUCGGAUGGGAGGGUGCAUGUCCUUUUCUGGGACGGGACGGCUUUACACAUGAUGUGGAACUUCAGCUCUCUGGGACUGAAAACACAGGGCAGAGGGACCUUCCUGUGUGCCCCAGGGGGGCAGCAGGUGUCAGGGUGGUGUCAGCUGACCAGGCCUGAUGGACAGUGUCACCUGGUGCAAGUGCAGGCCCCUGGAAUGCAUGACAGGUACGUGGGUGCAGCUCUGAAUUGGUGUAAGUGGAUAGAUCAAGCUCCUCAGAGCAGGAAAGAGUCUGCCAGAGGUGUCCAGAUGUCGGAUCCAAGUGAGGAGUGGUCUGUUGAGUGUGAACUCCAGAAAAUCAAAAGGUUUAAUUUUCUCCUGGAAAACAGUGGACUCGUAAAGACAGCAGCCAGUGAUGCCUCCAAAUUGAACUAUGUUUCCUGCACCGAUGGUGGAGGUUCCUCGGGAAAAUCCAAAGAGAAGAGCAUUGCUGAAGCACUGGCGAGAACGUCUCAAACCAUCAAGGACAUUGAGACGUUGUUAGCAAACAGGGCCACCAAGAGCCACAAUGCAGUGUAAAAAUUGUCUUCACUUGAUAUCACUUAUUUUUCCACCAGAGAUCCUGGAAAUCCCUCAGAGACUGUUCAGGGGGUAUCCUGAACCAGACUGAAACUUCAAUUUCCAUCUCAUUAUGCUAAAAACUCACACAGUUGACUUAACUCUCACAACACCUAUGGCGAGUGUGUUGAUGUACAGUUGUCUUUAAUAGAUUUUUAUAGUGAAUGUUUUACAUCACUGUUUUGAUGUGUGAAUGCAGAUGUAACUAUGUCAAUUUCUUCCUUUGAAGGAUCCAGUGGUUGCUUUGAUUUUGAUAUGUUAUCUUUCAGAAUGUAACUUUACGUUCUGUACAUGAGAACAACAAUCAAGCUAAAACAGAGCUUCAGUGUUACUAAAUUCACAGCUUGCAAAGUCUUGGAAGCAACAGGAGAUGUUUCCUGGGACAGAAGAUCACGGCUACGUUUGUUUGAUAGACACUUGAUACUUAAUGUCUUUGUUUUCCUGCACAAAUACCUGCCUUUGUAGUGUAAUACAGAAGUUGUCUCUUUUGAACAAGUAUAAAGGCAAACUCAUGUGUCCUCCUUUGACUAGGCUAUAAUGCAUUGAGAAGACAUGCCUGCAAACUAAAUAUGUUGUGAUUAAGCUAAAAGGUUAAAAGGGGAACAUUUUCUUUAGUGACUUUAAUUCCAUAACUUACACGUCAUUACUUUUGUAUCUCAUUUUGGUGUGUGGUUUUAUUAAACAGCUCAUUUAAAGCAUCUUAAGCUGACUCAUCAGGUGGCUCUGACAGUCUUCUCCAGUGUUGACCCUUCACAGGUUUCCUAGUAAUUGAUGGACACUGGGGACGGCUCUGUGCUGUAAUGGUAAUGCGAGAAGAAUGAGGAGUGUUUCGCUAUUGCCCUUGAGUCAGCACAGUGUUUGCUUUUUCCAAGCUUUUGGCAUGUUGCACGCAGGUGCAGGAAUCAUACAGUACUUGGAACAUGGCAUCUGGACCAUACUGUACAUAAGCAUUGAAAUAGGUGCUGAAUCACACAUUCUGGAAUAUUUUUUAAAAGAUUUGAUUUCAGACUCACUUCAUGCAUGAGUUUUGUACCAAUGCAAUCUGAAAAUGUAAAUUAUAAAUGAUUCAAAGGCACCUUCAAUAACUUUAUUUGUGCUUGACAUAUCGACAGUUUCUGCCUUCACGACUACAGUCGGGUGGGUGUGUCGUGUAAUUUGUAAUCGGAAAAUCCAUGCAGGAAAAUGACAAAGAACAACAUUUUAUUUCCUUCUUAAGUUGUACAAAAGAAUCCUUUUAAAAUAUUCCCAGAUGUGUUUUUUUCCUUUAAAAAGUUUGACUUAAGAAAUCAAUGGGUCUAAGGUCAGACUUUCUUUGUUUACAUUGUCUACUAGAAAAUCAAUGUGUACAGUUGAAUGCGAGGCUUGCUUGUAAAGAGCUCUUCCUGAGUGUAGUGCGCCAUGUGUCUUUGUUGGCCCUCUCACAGAGAUCAGGCUUGGUAAUGAAUUGCAGAUGUGGGAUUAUUUAAGAAAAUUACAGGAAUUAACCCCUUCAUUGCUCUGAAACAUGUACCUUUUAAAUAUUUUGUGAUUCUUCGCAAUAUACAGUUUUUUUAGCAGAAAAAGAGUGAAAGCAACAUUUUACUAAACCUGUAGUGUUAUUUUUCGGAGGUGCUGUGGACACUUGAACUAUCAAAUAUCAAAUCCUUUUUUGUGUAUGUUAAAUAUAUUAUAGUAAAUGUUUGGAAGCAUCAAUGUGCAAUUUUUUACACCAAAGCUAAUAUGUUGAUUUGUGUCAUAAAUAAAGCAAACUUAUUAAAUGCAA